AUGCCAACCGAACCUCGCGCUAUAAUUAUCGGCUGUGGCGUCGCCGGCAUCGCCCUUUCAGCCCGUCUGAAGAAAGACCUUGGCUACGACAACUUCAUCAUCUACGAGCGCGAACAAGAAAUCGGCGGGACUUGGUACCUAAACACCUACCCCGGCGUAGGGUGCGAUGUCGACUCCCAUCUCUAUUCCUUUUCAUUCUAUCCGAACCCGAACUGGUCGAAGGGGUUUGCCGAACAGCCUGAGAUUUUGGAGUAUCUGAACAACACCGUGGAUGCAUUUGGUAUUCGGCCGCAUGUGAGAUGUGGAAUUGAGAUAGUCGAGGCCAGAUGGAGUGAGGAGUCUCAGCUGUGGCGUGUGCAUUUGCGCGAUCUCCAGACGGGUUAUACCUUUUGGCGUGAGGCGGAGAUGCUUGUCUCGUGUGUUGGAACAAUUUCGAUUCCCAAGGACUGCGAGAUACCCAACUGGGACACUUUCAAGGGGCCGAUCUGGCACUCGGCGCGUUGGAAUCACGACUACGAUCUGGCAGGCAAGACUAUUGCAGUAGUGGGCAACGGCUGCUCGGCAGCACAACUGGUGCCGCAGGUCGUCAAGCAGGCAAAGAAAGUAUACCAGUUCCAGCGGUCGCCCCAGUGGGUUACUAGCCGGAUUAAUCGAGACUUCACAGCGCUGGAAAAGUGGUGUUUCCGCUAUAUACCGCUUCUGGCACGGUACUAUCGAUUCAAACUAUGGAAGGACACUGACGGGCUGCACUCUCUCUAUAUGGCUGACACUCCUGCACUAGUCAAGCAAAGAGAGGACGCCACCAACGAGUCUGUAAGAUAUAUUAAGCAGACAGCGCCGGAGAAAUAUCACGACAUCCUCGUACCCCAGUUUCCGCUGGGAUGCAAGCGUCGCAUCUUUGAUCCGGGAUACCUCGAAUGUCUGCAUGAGCCAAAUAUCGAACUGACGACUGAGCCGAUUGUCGAGUUCUUUGGUGGUGGGAUUCGUACCAGAGAGCGAGAUAUCAACGUCGAUGCCGUGAUACUCAGCACCGGCUUCAAAAUCCAGCAGUUCCUCUCCCCAAUUACCGUGCAUGGCCGCCACACGACGCUGAACGAGCACUGGCAGAGCACUCGCGGCGCUCAAGCGUACAAAGGCACAUUUGUCUCUGGAUUUCCGAAUUUCGGGAUAAUCUUUGGGCCCAAUGCUUUCCCAGCGCACAACUCGGUUAUCUAUACCAAUGAGGUGCAGGCGGAGUACCUGAUCAAGACGAUGUUCAAGCCCAUCCUGUCCGGUAGCUUCAGGACGCUGGAUGUAAAAGAGGCAGCGGAGGUUCGGGAUGCAAAUUCCCUGCAGGGUAAGUUACAGAAGAUGGUUUGGUCUGGCGGGUGUUCAAAUUGGAAUCUGGACGCCAACGGCCGCAAUACCACGAAUUACCCAGAUAAUACGUGGAAGUUUUGGUGGCAGCUGUAUUGGCCGCGGUGGCAGGACUUUAAUAUAUCCGGAGAAACUGGGACUCGUCCAGCGCAUCCAUUGCACAAGCUGGUCUUCGCUGUGGCAGUGGUAUCCGUUGCUUUAGGUGUAUAUGGUCGCCGGCCACGGGCGAUUCUAACAGUAUGA